GCAGUUCCCGUACGAAAGGAUGGAGAUCAGCUCUCCAUGGAGGACACCACCUCUAUCUUGCCCCGACUGAAGCGUAACUCCAAUGCUUACGGGAUUGGCGCUCUAGCUAAGUCCUCUCUGACAGGUGUGUCAGGUGUGACGAGGUCCAUGAAGGACAAGGUGACAAAACCCACUGCCAUGGCUCAGGGUCGAGUGGCUCACAUGAUCGAGUGGCAGAGCUGGGGCAAACCAUCUGCCGGGCCGGCGGGGGGAGCGGGCCGCGCCAACCUCCGCCGCGAGAGGGAGAGGCACCUGGAGAACGAUGCGUACAGCGAUCUAAGCGACGGCGAGAAAGAGGCACGCUUCGCCGCAGGGGUGAUGCAGCAGUUUGCGAUCUCAGAGGCCACCUUACUGGCCUGGAACUCGAUGGACGGGGAGAGCCUGUGCGACGAGUCUAACCAGGGGAGCGUGGCUCACCUCAGCGAGGUCAACCAAGAGAGCAUCACCAGCCGCGACCAGCCGUUACAUCACUCCUCUACAGAUGUAUGGCCCCACACUUACGUGUCACAGGGGCUGUACUGCCUCUCCUCCUCAGACGCCUGGGAACCCAUCAGCAACGAGCCCUCGGGCAUGGCCUCCCCCGCCGCCGGCUCUUACAUCAUGGCGGGCGGGGCUUCGGGCGAGAGCUACGACGGCUCUGUCCAGUACCUGUCCCAGCAACCGCAAUUCACGCUGCAGCAGCAGAACCACCUGCAGCAGCUUCACCAUCUCCAGCAGUACCAACAGCAACAGCUGCUGCAGUAUCAGCAACAGCAGCAGUCUUUGGAGCACCGGCUUCACAGUGCCUCCCAUUCCCUACAAGCCACCCCCAACAGCACUAUCCACAGCUUGGGCCUGCCCACUCAUCCGCGAUUGGUCGAUCUCUGGGCAUCCGCUCAGGUGGAGCCCCAUCAGAUGGACAUGAUUGGGCAGAUGGGCAUGACGAUGGCAGAAAUGGGCAUGAGUGAACUCCUGGGGGAGGAGCCUGCAGCAGAGAACAGAAGCAUUCCUGAACAGCAAGAGGAAGAGGAGGUGAAGGACGAAGACACAACAUUGACUCUUGACUCCAAACCCACAUCCAUGAUUCCAGCACUUAGCCCAGCCAGAGAAGACGCCACCCCACCAAGGGGACCAAGUCCAGGCCAAGCACCAGCAGAGCCAAUCACAGAGCCCGUGCCGUUUGAGGUCACAUCCUGUGUCGUACAAUCGCUGGAGGAGAAGGAGGAGGAGGUUGAAGAGAGCUCUGUCGUUAUCGUGGCAACCAACUGA